AUGUCAGACAUAGUUGUUGAGAAGAGGAUUCAAUAUGCUCUUCAGCCUCAGAUAAAUGAUGCUGAGGAUCUCUUAAAUAAGAGGAGUAGUAGGCUGCAACCUUCAGAUUCAGGUGCGUUUGCAGACUGGGUUGCUAAUCCCUCCUCUUCUAGACCUUCCGAACACGACCUCUCUUUGGGCUUCAAUGCCGGUCCCGCCUCCGCCGUUGGUGGGUCGACGGGGAUUUGGUCGUCCUCCGUCUCCGCCGCUGCUCGCCAUAUCAACUAUGGUGCUGAAAUUGGCAUGUUGGGUCUUCGUGACGUGUUUGUUGUUGCUCCUUCAAGUCAUCAUCUCUCUGAUCAUGCGCAUGCUCACUCUCUCAACACUCCAAUCUCAAAUGCCACCGCCGCUGCGGCCACUGCGACGGCCCUUGGCGUUGGGGUCAUCCCUCUUUUAACUGCCACCACUUCAAGCAACACCACUAAUACUACUACUGCUAAUAAUAAUAAUAGCAUUCAGUUCUGGCAACCUCAGAAUCAACACAAUUAUUUAAAGAAACCCAUGAUUCCCGAUCACGGUUUUCUCCACGGCGGCGGGUCGGCAUCGUUGACGUCGGGAUCCACCAUGACUUGCCAAGACUGUGGUAACCAAGCUAAGAAAGACUGUAGCCAUCGGCGGUGCAGGACAUGCUGUAAGAGUAGAGGGUUUGAUUGUGCUACCCACGUGAAAAGCACUUGGGUCCCCGCCGCUCGCCGUCGAGAACGUCAGCUCAUGACAUCCACCACCACCGGCGGCGGCGGCGCUGCAGCAGGUUCAUCAGCCUCCACCUCCGCCACUAAAAAGCCUCGACUCACUUCUCAGACCACCGCUACCACCGCCUCCCACACUUCAACUUCAAAUACCACGCCUCCAAGAAGCUUCAACAGCAGUUCUAGCCAUCACCACCAAGAUGCAAGCUUUAUGCAAUCAUUACCGGGGCAAGUGCGUGCUCCGGCGGUGUUCAAAUGUGUGAGAGUGACGGCGGUUGAAGACGGAGACGACGAAUAUGCAUAUCAAGCAUGUGUGAAAAUCGGUGGUCAUGUGUUCAAAGGUUUUCUCUAUGAUCAAGGAGCUGAAACAAGAGACCAAACUAACAUUCCAAAUUUAUCUGAAUUACAUUUGGGCGGUGGAGGACGGCGGAAUGUGGGUGGUUCUUUAAUUUCACCACCACUUAACCACCCAUCAACAUCCGUUUAUGGUUCCUCCGGUGGCGGAUUGCUUGGUUGACACCAUUAUUAAUAUUAAUUAAUUAAGCCCUAAAUUUCAUGGAAUCAAUUAAUUGGCUUUGUACUGUUUGUUGUCCAAUCAAAUAUCUUAUGGCAUAAUCCGGAUUUUCUGUGUGC